UGAGCAUUUAAGCAAUCCUACGUGUAUAACAAAUAAAAUGAAAGAGAUGAGAAUUAGCAUUUUGGCUGUAGUGGCUUUGUUCCUCCUUGAGGUGGUGUUGGCCAAUGAAGUAUUUCAUGUCCCCAUGAAUGACACGAUUGGGGUUGAAAGUAUAAAUGCAUCUGUAGGGGGAUACCCACGAUGUGGAGCGCAAGGUGCUGGCGGAAACUGUCCUAGUGGAAUGUGUUGUAGUGUAUGGGGUUGGUGUGGAAAGACAUAUGGGUAUUGUGCUCCUCAAAACUGUCAGAAACAAUGUCCAGCCCCGUACCCAGAGGGACGUUGCGGAUGCAAAUCAUGUCCUACUGGGAAGUGUUGUAGUUAUGGUGGUUCCGCAUCAGAUUAUUGUGCUCGUCAAAACUGUCAGAAACAAUGUAUAUUACCCUCACCUCCACCUCCACCCGGAUUUCCACGACCAGAAUGUGGAGUGCAAAAGGAUGGUGAGAGAUGUACUAAACCCGGAGAGUGUUGUAGUAUAUGGGGUUUGUGUGGAGCCACAUACAAGUAUUGUGAUCCUGAACAUUGUCAGAAACAAGGACGAUGCGGAUGGCAAGCUGAUGGUAGACCAUGUCCUACUGGACUAUGUUGUAGUUACUCUGGUUGGUGUGGGACCACAUCAGCUCAUUGCACUUACCCACAAUGUGAAAGCCAAUGCGACGAUCCUCGUUUCCCUUCAUCCCUCAACAAUCGUAUCAAAGGUAUUCAAAGUUUCAUGCUCUAGAGGAUCCUCUUUUGGAACUCGACAAGUGUGUAAUAAUAUAUAAUAAUAAUAGUAAAUAAACACCUUUUGUCUACAACCAUAUUUUAAUUACAACUAUUUAGGUUCCAUGUUUGGCUACUGCAAGAGGAUGUACAUGCUAGUCGGACAGAGACUCCUGAUUGAGCAAAAAUAAAUAAAAUUAAAAACUAAUAUAUUGAACGAUGGAGCACCCACCAUCAAAGACUUGUGUUAUAUAUAGUCCGACUCUCAACCAGUGGACAGAGACUCCUGAUUGAGUUGAAAAAAACAAAUCUUACAUAUCAACACAAUUAACUCCUCUUGCUUGAGAAUUCCGAAGCUCAGCUUUUACAAAUUAA